AUGUCCAAAGAGCAGGAUGGUUCGAUAAAGUCAUAUGGUCGAGGCGGUAGUCGUACGAAACGAGGUCAUGAUAGUUUUGCCGACGGUAACGAUGAUGUUGGCUCAUUGAAAUGUCAGCGAAUAAUUACUGAGGAAGAAAAAAAGGAUUUCAUCAGUUACCAAAAAGAAAUGGACGAAAGACGUGAUCGGUAUGAGAGAAUCGUGAAGCAGUCACGUGAUGUAAUUAUUGAAUGUAAACGAAUCAUCUUCCAGUUACAUCGUACAAUCAUUGUUAAUACAUCUACGAACAAAGAAGAAGUACUAAAUGAGGCAGAUAGACGGUUAAAGGAGGUGCGUAACAAAAUGCUUCGACAAAUAGCAGAAGAGCUUUAUAGUUUGGAUCAUUACUAUUACCUAAAGUCUUAUGACUGGGCUCUUGAAGAAUAUAUUGAAGCUUUGGCAUUCUACAAAUUUUUAAUAUCUGGUGAAGUGCUUUUAUACAGUGAGAUAAUCGAUAUAUUACAGUUUGCUGACUUAGUUUCUGAAGAAAAUAAAAAGUUUUAUAUUGAAUUGCCUGAGAUAACAUAUUUGAUGGGACUUUUCGAUGUGGGUGGCGAAUUGAUGAGACUUGCCAUUAGUGAAAUUUCAGCAGGUAAUUCUAAUACGGCUGUAAAUAUUGUUAAUUACAUGCGGUCAUUACAUGGCUGUUACGAAUUUUUGGGCAAUAUAGUGCACACUGCUGAGUGGACGAAGAAAUCACAGGUUUUCCGGGAUUGUUUGAUGAAGGUUGAGAACGCCUUGUAUAAAUGGAAAAUCCGUGAAAAUGACAUGCUGAUAGAUGCAAGUUUAUUAACGUAA